AUGGCCGAACUUGUCCAUUCGGCUCAAAAUUUUAUGAAUGCAGAAGACGCGAUCAUUGCUAAGAAGAGGAAGAGAUCUGAGAGAAUAGAUGCAAACCCCAGUUGCCAUCCCGAGCAAGGCUCUCGUCCAAAGAAGCGAUGGACAAAAGAAAGGAAAGACCGAGAUAAUAAGAAGCCAAGCUCUUUAGCACGGAACCAGCAAUAUACCCCUUUGAACAUGCCACUUGAGCAGGUCCUUAUGCAAAUCAAGGAUGAUCCUUCCUUGAUGUGGCCGGAGAAAAUGAAGGGAGAUCCCAAUAAGCACAAUAGGAACAAGUAUUAUCGCUUCCAUAGGGAUCAUGGUCAUGAUACAAACGAGUGUUUUGAUUUAAAGCAGCAAAUUGAAAAUCUCAUAAGGCAAAGGAAGUUUAGGAAUUUCCUUGGACGAGACCACAGGGACAAGAAACUGAAAGGGAAGAUGGGAGAAUCAUCACGACCACCGCUCGGUGAAAUAAGAGUCAUUAUAGGGGGAAGUUCGACAGGCCAGUCAUCCAUGUCCAAGAAAGCAUACUUGAAGGUAGUGUAG